CUACCGGCUGAUUCGUGCAGCCGAGGGUUGCGGCUUCAGUUUAGCGGAUAAAGUUGAGAGUUUUCCGUCUGUGUUCCUCCGCAAUGAAAAGCGCGUGAAGCUCCAGACUGAGCGCGAGACCUUCAGUGCCGCUGUACUGCAGUAUUUCAUCCUGCAGAUUCUCUACACUGUAAAACUGCAAGCUGUCAGAAACUUUAAGUCAACAUUUGAAGAACAAAACGAACUUUUCUUCGUCUGUGACUGACGCAAACUGUCGUCUUAACUCAGCAAAAGUUGAAGUUCCGGACAACCAACUCCGUUGGAGUACCAGAGCGUCCUCAUUGGCUAAGAACCAACUGGAGGCGGAGUCAGAGUGACAGGGCUGCGUAGUGGGCGGGACUUCCUCUGAGAAGAGGACAAGAUGCUGCUGACUUCCUGCUCCGCCCUCUGCAGCUACGCCUGGUGCCUUCUCAUGAUCCUGGCAGCUCCUCCAGCAGCUCUUGGGGGUGACCAGUCGGAGCCUUGCGCUGGUCGGGACUGCUCCACCUGCCAGUGUUUCCCAGCCAAAGGAGCGAGGGGUUUUCCAGGUCGUCUUGGGCGGCAAGGCCCUCAGGGGCCCCCAGGCUUUCCAGGGCUCCAGGGGCCUCCAGGAGAGAAGGGCCAAAGAGGAGACGAGGGGCCAACAGGACCAUCAGGACCAAAAGGAGACAUGGGAAGUGCUGGCAUUCCUGGUUUUGGAGGUCUAAAAGGAGUUCCGGGUCACCCGGGUCCUGCAGGGGGACCAGGUCUUCCAGGUCUGGAUGGAUGUAACGGAACCAGAGGACAGAGAGGAAUCCCUGGACUCCCUGGAGAAAAUGGACCUGAUGGCGAUCAGGGUUUUCCAGGCUUGAAGGGAUUUCCAGGAGAUCCAGCGAACUACUUCAUACAGUACCCCGGAAUACCCGGAGACGUCGGGCUGAGGGGACUUCCUGGUCUGCAGGGUUCACAGGGUCUGCCUGGACUGAAGGGUGAUCCAGGUUCUCCGGGACUGGAUGGGACCAACGGUCUCCCUGGUCUGCCUGGCCUGAGGGGUCCACCUGGAGAAAAAGGUCGAUCUCUGCCCGGACAGAAAGGAGAUGAGGGGGAUCAGGGUCGCCAGGGGCCUCCAGGGCCAUUUGAGUAUGUCGACCCUCCAGAAGACCUGUACAUCAAAGGAGAACAGGGUCCUCGAGGUAUCAAAGGUGUCUGUGGGCUUCAAGGACUGCCAGGUUUGGACGCUCUCCAGGGGAUCGAAGGAGAGAAGGGGAUCGUGGGAUUUCCAGGACCCAGGGGAUUAACUGGUAACACUGGGCUGCCUGCAGAGAAAGGGUUCAAGGGGAUUCGAGGAAGUCCAGGUCUCCCAGGUCUGAUUGGACAAGAAGGUCCAAAGGGCAUGAUGGGAGAUAGAGGGCUUAAAGGCCUCCCUCAGGAAGCAGAGAUCACACACAAAGGCGAGGUUGGAGAUCCUGGAGCCUCUGGGCUCAGUGGCCAACCAGGAGACAGGGGGCUGCUGGGAAUGCAGGGCCUCCCAGGAGCCCCUGGCAGAUCAAUACCUGGACCACCAGGUGCUGUCGGACCGAGGGGAAUUCCAGGAUUCCAAGGGGACAAAGGAGAUCCAGGUCAGGCUUUUAUAGGUGCACCAGCACCUGGAGAACCUGGAAAACCAGGGCAACCUGGAGCCAAAGGACUUAAAGGAGAACCGGGGAAUCCAGGUAGUUACUGUCUUCCUGGGGCACCAGGAGAGUCUGGACAUCCAGGUGUACAGGGACCCCCAGGUACCCAAGGCUUCCCAGGGUUCAAAGGGAGUCCAGGUGAUUGUUCUUGUGGCCCUCCAAUUGCACUGAGGGGAGACCCUGGCCCUCAGGGUAACCUGGGAUCUCCAGGGUCUCCAGGAGAUCCAGGAGUCCCAGGGCCAAGAGGAGAAAGAGGUUCGUCUGGAGACCCAGGAGAGCAGGGACAGCAGGGUCCGGUUGGAUUUCCAGGUGCUACAGGGUUCAAAGGUCAGAAAGGAGAUUUCAUUGUGGUGGAUAUUAAAGGUGAAAAAGGAACCAGGGGCCAGGAGGGCCCCCCAGGCAGAGAAGGAUUCUCAGGGAGAAGAGGACUCGAUGGGGUCUUGGGUCCCCCUGGAAACCCCGGCCCCCAGGGUGAAAGUGUCCCCAGCUGUACUGGAGAAAGAGGCCCCCCAGGACUGCCAGGGCCAAAGGGAUUGUCAGGACCUUCAGGUUCCACAGGUCCAGGUGUAGUCGGAGCAGUAGGACUGCGUGGGGCCACUGGUGAACCGGGACCUCCAGGAUUCCCUGGCCUUCCAGGACUGAAAGGGGGUAGAGGGGAGACACUGUCACCUGUACUCAGACACUUUGGUGUCCCUGGACAGAAGGGAGACUCUGGAAAUAAAGGUCAGACAGGACUCCCUGGUCCUCCAGGUAUCCCAGGAAUCAGAGGACCUGAUGGAAUUAAAGGACACAAAGGACUUUCUGGAGUUCCUGGACAACGUGGACAACAAGGACCUCCAGGUGUUGUUGGAGAUACUGGAGAGGAAGGACCUGAGGGCUUCAGCUAUGAAGGAGAUCCAGGCUCUCCAGGGCUCCCAGGUUCUUCUGGACUGAGAGGCCCAGCAGGAGACUCUGCUGUUGGGCACCGAGGACCCAUCGGCUUCCCAGGGCCACUGGGUCCUCAGGGGCCGAAAGGAGUCCCUGGUCCCCCCGGAGACGAUGGACUACAAGGAGUGCAGGGUCUGGCGGGGCGCCCUGGAGCAAAAGGCCAAAGAGGACAGGACGGGGCCCCAGGUUUAACUGGUCCCGCGGGCCCCACACCUGUCUUCUGUAUGGCAGGAAAACUUGGUUUGGCUGGCAUUUCUGGCCCUCAGGGACCCAUCGGACCCCCAGGUUGUACGGGGGAGAAAGGUGAGACCGGAGAAGUGGGUCCUCCAGGUUUUGGCCUUCCAGGCCCUGUUGGUAAACCAGGCUCUCCAGGUUUGCCAGGGUACCCAGGGCCCCAGGGCCCCUCUGGCCCCAGUGGAGACCCAGGAGUGCCAGGGGCCCAGGGUCAGAAAGGUCUGAUGGGGCCCCAGGGCCUGGCCGGACAGCCAGGGGUGCCUGGACAGCCUGGGGCCCAUGGAGCCUCUGGGUUGAGGGGGCCGAGGGGGUUCAGCGGACAAGAUGGAGCUCCAGGAUGUGAAGGCCCGCAAGGAGAGAAGGGCUUCAAAGGGUUUCCAGGUCCUCCAGGCGAGGUCAAGUAUAUCCCCAUCAAAGGAGAGAGAGGAAAAAAAGGACACCACGGCCACAAUGGCUUUCCUGGACCACGAGGAAGUAAAGGUGUGCAAGGAGCUACUGGUAAGCCAGGCUAUCCAGGCAUCAACGGACCCCCUGGCGUUAUAGGACUCAAAGGCCCCCCCGGGCCCUUGGGCAAACCAGGACCUCCAGGACCACCUGGAGAUCCAGGACCUCCAGGAUUCAUUGGAUUACCUGGAGAGUCAGGAGAUCCAGGUGACCCAGGAUGUCCAGGGCAACAAGGAGUACCUGGUCACGAAGGAUGUGCUGGACCCAAAGGUGAUAAAGGAGACUCUGUUGGUUGUUAUGGUCCACCUGGAGACAAGGGGCCUCCUGGAGACAGCGGACUCCAAGGACCUAUUGGACCUAAAGGGGAUCCUGGUACACCCGGUUUCAUCGGGGCUCCAGGACAGAAAGGAUGCAAAGGAGAUCCAGGCCACCAGGGCAUCUCAGGUGAACCAGGUGUGGUUGGUCCCUCUGGUCCCAGUGGUCGUCCAGGUCUUCCUGGUUUUCCUGGUAAAGCGGGGGCUGAUGGUCCUCCAGGACCGCAGGGCUGCCAGGGACUUCAAGGUCCUCCUGGACCAUUGGGACUUCAUGGACUAGAUGGACUCAAAGGAGUGAAAGGGGACAUGGGCACCAGAGGUUUGGGUUUGUCAGGCCCUCAAGGUUGUCAGGGUCCUCCAGGAGAAAAGGGUCCUCCAGGUCAUCCAGGAUUCCCUGGCCCAUCUCAAGCUGGCUCACCAGGACCCAAAGGCCCUCCAGGACCUAAAGGCCCAACAGGUGGUUUUGGACCUCCAGGUAAUCCUGGACCAGACUGUAAAGGUCCAAACCAUGGCCCUCAAGGAGAUCCUGGUUGUCCUGGACCAGACGGGGACCCAGGGUGCCCUGGUGACAUGGGAGAUCCAGGUCAGAACCCUCCAAUGCCUGGAGAUGAUGGAGACAAUGGAAACACAGGGUGCAGAGGGGCACAGGGCCCAAAGGGACCUCCAGGGCUCAAAGGACUACCAGGCACCCCUGGAAAUCCAGGAGUGAAAGGUAAACGGGGGUCUACAGGUUUGAUGGGACUACCUGGUAAUCGGGGUCCUAAAGGUUGUGCUGGUCCCAGUGGGCCUCCAGGACCAAAAGGAUGUGCUGGACCAGUGGGUCCAAAGGGGGAGAAGGGACGAGUCUCCCCCUACCCCAGUUAUCCUCCCCCGCAAGCGGGUCUCAGAGGACACCAGGGGCCUUCCGGUCAGCCUGGAGAAUCUGGCCUUCAGGGAGAAACUGGCCGUAAAGGACCCAAAGGCAAGAAGGGGCACAUUGGGGAUGCAGGACUACUAGGCAGUGAGGGGUGCCAAGGUCCAACUGGAGACAGAGGAAAACCAGGUCCACAGGGUGAGAAAGGACCACGGGGAGCCAGAGGUGAUCCUGGUCCAAGAGGUGACCAAGGUCCUGCUGGACCAAGCAGAAGCUUGAACUCAGGGUUCCUGCUGGUGAUCCACAGCCAGUCAACAGCUGUUCCCUCUUGCCCAUCAAACAUGAACGUCUUGUGGAAUGGAUAUAGUCUGCUGUACCUGGAGGGUCAGGAGAAGGCUCACAAUCAGGAUCUGGGCCAGGCGGGAUCGUGUAUGCGGGUCUUCUCCACCAUGCCCUUCUCAUCCUGUAACAUGAGAGCCUGCUCCUACGCCAGUCGUAAUGAUAAAUCUUAUUGGCUGUCGACGACAGCGCCUGUCCCCAGCAUACCAGUGGACGGAGCUGCCAUCGAAGAUCACAUCAGUCGCUGUGUGGUGUGUGAAGCCCCCUCCUCAACUAUCACGAUGCACAGUCAGACCUCGAGCCAGCCAGGCUGCCCCCCCAGGUGGAGGAGCCUGUGGACCGGAUACUCCUUCUUCAUGCAUACAGGUGCCGGCGAUGAGGGCGGCGGCCAGUCUCUGAUCUCAUCAGGAAGUUGUCUGAUGGACUUCAGGGCCAAGCCCUUCAUAGAGUGUCAGGGGCCUCGGGGAACCUGCCACUACUUCUCCAACAUCUACAGUUUCUGGAUGACCAGAGCGAACACGACCAUCUCCACCUCCGACAGCUCCUCCACCACGCUGACCGAGAGCUCGCAGCAGAGGGCGCACAUCAGCAGGUGCAACGUUUGUAUGAGGGAGUGAGGAGGAGCGCGACUUCCUCCGCCUGUGAGAGGGAGAGCGGAGACCCUCCACCUCCUCCUCCUCCUGCACAGUCUGAGAGGGCGGACAGGAAGAGCGUCACCUGUCUGAGUGAGGAGAGAGUGUCGUGUCGAAGAUGACGCUGCCAAUCAAUCGUUCAGUCGUUUUGCCUUUUCACCAAACGUCACAGGAGUCAGAUGUUUAAACUGGGGUUGUCUCAUGUUUUGAUUUUAGGUGUCACAUUAGGCCUUUUCGAAUCAGUAGCUAACACAACUUCUGAAUUUUGAUAUUAAUAUGUACUAAAGAGCCCCAUUCAUAUCAUUUAUGUGACAUGUCUGUAGAGCACAUGUGGUGACUAAAACCUAGUUUUUAACCAGUCUGGAAUACGUAAUUUUUUCAUCUCAGUGUAAAUUAGAGUCACAAAGACCUCCUGUUACUCUGUGAAGUGGAUCUCUGAGAUUUUCUUCAGCUUUUGUCAGCACAGGAAGCCUAAUCUGACAGAUGGGCCUAUAUGGGAACAAGCAUUGCAACAGAAACCAUCAAAGCCACCAGGAUUCUGUUAAAGCUCAUCGUAUGAACUCUCCAGUGUCCUCCCCCCGCGGACACUUUUGUCUUUCUCAUAACUUUGACCUGCUAAAUGUCCAUGUCUGUUAAAGACCAGACCCUGCAGUUUCAGCAGGUUUAAAAAGCAGUCCUGAGCAGUGAGUUAAAUGAAAGAGGUGAAUCCUCCACCUCCUCCUGCAGUACUGUAGCAUGUACUGCAUGAAAACAGGAAUUCAAAGGUACAUUCUAGUCAACUGCAAAAGGUUUGGUUGUUAAAGAUUUUAUUUGAUGCUAACUAAUACACUAAAGCCACAGUAUAAAGUUCACUGUUCAGUUUGUAGGGUUUAGUAGAGGUCAAUGUGUGACUUAAUUUUACCAUAUUUUAACAUUAACAGCUGCAGUUGAGGAGGGCUUGAUCAUUAUUGUGAUAAUUUAGUUUACUGGGACAUUAUUGUAACUAAAAAAAAAACACAUUUGACACAACUUUUUUACAAGGUUUUAACAUGUCAGAAUGUUCUGCUCAGCCAAAUCUAAUCAAACUUUAAUCAUCAUGAUGUCUGGUCAGAAAACAAACAGUCAUUUGGGUGGUUUUCGUCAACCCAUUUUGUAAUUUCAGUAGGCCCAUUUGUGUGUUUCAGACAAUUAACGGGAAAGAAGUCUGACAUGUUAAAAAGUAAAGGACUGACAACAGAACCCUGAGGAACCCCUGAAGUAACAGUCAGUGGGAGGAGCAUGUUGUUCUGAGUCUACUGCUUUGAUCACGCCACUAAUGCGAUCAAACUGUUUGAGUUGCAGUUUUAACAUGAGGAUGUAACGUUUCAUUUUUAUUUUAUUGUUUAUACGAUUAGCAUCUUUCAGGUUAUUCUUGUUAAAUUAGUGACAUAAGAUAAGAUAGGCCAUUAUUAGUCCCACAGCGGGGAAAGAGUCUGCUCCGCACGCCUGUUGGCCUCACUCAGAUGCAGUACCGUCUCUCACCACUAGGAGAGGUCACACCAAGGUCAAAGAGUCAGUCUCCACGAGCAAGAGGACAUAAGCAAAGUAACGGAAAUGAGAAAGCUGUAAGAAACUACAGACUGAGGUGUUUGAAGUAUUGGGGCCGAGUGUGAGGUCUGAGGCCCCUUACUGAUCUGUGACCGAUCAAUAAGUGGUGAGAGAGCUGUGAGUCACUCGUAGAAGAACGAACGCCGGUCAUUUAGCCAAUGCGACGCCCUCAGAUUUCUUUAUAGAUCCUCCUUCAAGUUCUGCAUCAGCGUUUUGCUCGCCAACUGUUUUCACUUGUGGCCACGCGCACAUAUCAACCUGCUGCUUUCAAUUUGAACUGUGGCAAAAAUAUUCAUGUUUAUUGUUAAUUCUGUCCAAAUGUAUAAAUGUGAAAGCCCUGUUUGUAAAUGUUUAAGGUCGUACAGAGUUUAGGACACCAAACAAACCGGUCAGAUCUCAGUAAGACUCCGGUUAUCAACGAGCCAAAAGGGAUUUACUCCAAACAUCAUUCAGCCCCAGUUUGAACCGACGUGAUGUUUUCGUUGUUUGUAAAAAGUCAUACUCAUAUUUAUAAGUGUUGUCAGUCUUUCAUUAGCUCAGUACAUCAAACUGUUUUCUCAUCCUGUGAUGUAGCAGCUGAUUGGUCGGUGGCCAUAAUGUGACAAUCUGUCCUCACUAGAGAGAAUGGUGAUGAUGAACAUCCGGGUGAACUUUAGCCCCGCCUCCAGCCCGCACCGAAAAUGCAUUCUGAUUGGUCAGCUGAACAUCAUUGUGAUUGGUCAGCUGAAAGGCGGUGACUUCGUGUCCUUGGUCAGUCAGUAUUUUGUGAAUAAUUAGGGAAAGGAUUGUUUGAGAAGCUGUGAAUAUAUUUGACAUUCAAACCUUGAAACGUAUUUUUGGUUCCAGUUUUCUUUCAGAUUGGACGCGUUUGAGCUCCUCCCUCAGCUCACUUGAUUUCAUUUAUUCUAUUUGUGUUCUUAACAAAGAGAUGAACUCAAAGUUCUUUAAACUCAAAACAGAUCAGAGAGAGACAGAGACAAUUUGUCCCGUUAGUCAAACAUCUAAAGAAGAUGAACUGCAGCACACAAACCAAAUUCAGGCUGAACCAGGACCAGGACCAGGACAGACUGAACCAGAAGCCCACCCCCUUGAUUUACUUAUUCACUUUAAUCAAUGUCGCCACUGUUUCUUUUUCCUUCUGUGUUUUAUGAAUAAAGUUCACUUGAAUAUUUAUCUGUCUGAUAGUAUCAAGUUACUUUCCGGUUUUCAAGAAGAAGAAGAACUAAACGUCAGUAGUCGCCGUCGCAGUACAAAUGUUUAAAUAAAAGGUAACACGAUGAACUGCAGAAAACCUUGAGAACUAAGUUACUCAUUCUCUAAUUUAAGAACGAUAUUGCGUGAAAUCUUCAGUGGGGGUUUUGUGAUCUUUGCCCCGUCUAAGUUUCAGAUCCCGGUCCUGGUUCUGGUUCUGCAUAAUCUCUGUGUGAUUUGUAAAUAUGUUUGAACUCGACCGUUUUAUAUUUUUACUGUAAAUGUCAUCAGAGUAUUUAUUUAGCUUGAAAUUAAUGUUGGUGCUAUUUGUUGUCUUAUUUGUUCAUCUUUAUUUUAUUUUGCUAAACGAUCACACGGUGAAAACCUGCCCCUUCCCUUCCGCCUACAAAAUCAAACUCACUGAUUGAGAAUUUAUCAGCAUGUGAAAAAAAGAAGAAAAAAAACAGAUUAAAAAAUCAUUUUGGUAAAUCAGUACAAACUCUAUGGAUCAACUUGCCCGCCCGCCUCCAUUCAUCUUGUGUGAUGUCAUAACUGUGUCAUAGAAAGUUGAUUUCUUUCAUCAGAAAUCUAAGAUACGUGUUUCUGGUGUUUUCAGAUUUUCGGGAUAAAUGAGUUUCUGAAACAAGAGAACGCCUCAUUGUUUCAAGACUAAACAAACUACAGCUCCCAUGAUGCUUUGAUGCUUUUACUUCCUGUUGCUGGGGGAAGGGGUCACUGUGGCAUCACUGUGUUUUCAUUCUGUUUAAAUCUGUUAAUGACAUUUUAAUCUCUGUAGAAGGAAACUUCUCACUAACAUUUGAAACAUUUUACUCUGAACAGACGACUCUUCAAUAAAUCGCAUCAAAGUCUC